UAUGUAGCGAAGUGGUUGAUAGUCGUUUUGGGCUGAAGUAAGGAUGAGUUUGCAGCUCAGGCGGAUGUCGGAGUCCGGGAGCUCACCGGUUGCCUCCGUCAUAAACCACGGUGCUGGCUGCUUCAGGUAGGCCAGCUGCUAUGGCUGCUGACGUGUCCAGUUUAUCAGUCGAUUGCGACAUGGAUAUGAACAAUACUAAUUCUUGGUCGGAUGGUGGAAGAGGCUUGUAAGUCGGGCAGUCGUUGAAAAAUAAGUGGUAGCGAGAAGGUAGAACGAUCAUGUGUGAUCAUGGUGCAAUGGAACAAGAAGUUUCCAUUCCAAUUCUGGAUUUAUCCGAAGAGGAGGACGUUCUUUUGGAGAAGCUGAGGCACGCGUGCGAAGUGUACGGGUUUUUCUACAUCACCAACCACGGACUGGAGAGUGACAUCGAGCAGCUAUUCCAGUCAUGCAAGGAAUUCUUUCAGUUGAGCCACGAGGAGAAAAUGAAGCUGGCCAUUAACGCUAGUGGCCAUGGGUAUGUCUGGCAUGGCGAGGAAACGUUGGAUCCACAAAAGCAGCAGGAGGCUGACACCAAAGAGAACUUCCAGUUUGGCGAGGAGGAGAGCGGCAGUGAGCCGUCACGGACGCCAUUGCGCGGGCCCAACGUUUGGCCGAGUGAGUCGCUUCUACCGGGCUGGCGGCAGCGUGUGUACAAGUACUAUAAUCGUACUGCACCUCUUGCGAUGAGAAUAUGUGGACUUAUUGCUACUUCGCUGGGUCUCGAUCGUGGCUACUUUGAAGAUAAGUUUACUGAGCCACUCUCUCUGGUCGCCUUGAAUCACUACUCUGAGCGGCGCUCUAGCCCUGAUGACGGUGUGUUUGGCUGCGGCGAGCACAGUGACUAUGACAUCAUCACAUUACUCGUCACCGACGACGUUCCUGGCCUGGAGGUGCGACUGAAAGACGACACGUUUCUGGCCGUGCAGCCGAAAAAGAACGCGUUUAUUUGCAACGUGGGCGACACGAUACAGCACCUGACAAACGAUCGCUACCGCAGCGCACCGCACCGUGUUGUGAAUCGUAGCGGGAGGGAACGCUUCUCGGCUGGCCUUUUCUUCCGACCCGACUUUAACUGUGUCAUUGAUUGCCUACCCUGCUGCUAUGCCGAAGACAACCCGACACGUCACCAGCCAAUCAUGUUUGGCCAGCAUCUUCUCAACAAGUAUCGAAGUAGUCACACUGCAUUUCAGGGCUGAAUUUCCACAUGCGGACCCAGUGAUUUGAGAUCCAGGCACUUGUGUGUAACUUGUGUUUCCCCAAGACAUUGAAUACCACAAGAACACUCCGACAAUGAUAAUAAUAAAGUAUACAUGUCAUACAUGCUUUAAUAAGUUUGCGGGAGUUGAAACGGAAACAUAUUACAGCUUUUAAACUUUUACCACUACUUUGCACUGCGGACUUCAAUAUUUUUCUACUAUUGAUAGUAUUGUGCUACAGUAUAGCAUUUCAAAUCCGUUGAACUUUCUUGCAACUCAUUCCCAUUUCAAAUUUACAAAAAGAUUAAUAAUGAUGCAA